AGGUCAGAGGAUAAAGUCAGAGGAUGGAGUCUGAGGAUGGAGUCAGAGGGUAGAAUCUGAGGAUGGAGUCAGCCACCUGAAGCUCUGCGUGGUGUGACUAUGUUUCACUUCUUCCCAUUUCCCUUCACAGUGAUUGAAAAUGAGCGAACCAUCCCAUAAACGCAGCUCCCCUGGGGAAGGACACACAGACCAAAGUUCUCCCGAGAAAAGCUGCCAGAUUGGACAGAAGCAACUGCAACAAAUAGAGCGCCAGCUCAAGUGCUUAGCAUUCCAAAACCCCGGACCCCAAGUAGCGGACUUUAAUCCAGAAACAAGGCAGCAAAAGAAGAAAGCUCGGAUGUCAAAGAUGAAUGAGUAUUUUUCUGUAAAGAACAAGGUGAUGAGGAAGUACGACAAGGGUGGGCGGCUGGUGUGCAACUCGGAGGACCUGUGCGACUGCCUGGAGAGGAGCUGCCUGGGCUGCUUCUACCCCUGCCCCCGCUGCAACUCCACCAAGUGCGGCCCCGAGUGCCGCUGCAGCCGCCGCUGGGUGUACGACGCCAUCGUCACCGAGGCCGGCCGGGUCAUCAGCGCGCUGCCCUUCGCCGUCCCGGACUAG